AUGGCGUCCAAACUGGACGGCUGCUUGGACCUGGCACUGGGGCUGAUUUUGCGCAGCGCCAUGCGCGGCAAGAAGACCGACCUCUUCGGAAUCGCCAAGCUCCAUGACAAACACACAGAUAACCCUAUGGACAGGAUCAGCCCCGGAAACUGGAACAACUGCGUUCUCGAGGGCCCCGAGCACUACGACUGGGACCGCAUGGCGCGAUUGAAGGACGUCAUAAAGAUAAACCCUGACCCUGUGGAUGAACUGGAGGUAGACCUGCCGCGGUCGCUGGCCAUUGUUCUGCAGAAGAUCAUGGAGAUGAACCCGAAGAAGACGAAAAAGGAGAAAUACACCAUCUAUGUCAUGUCCGACAUGCAGAACCCAACCAAUUGGGAUCAGCUCACAGAGCUCGUGAGCAGCGCUGGGAUCGGCUACAACGUUCUAAUUACGAUAGUAAGCUGCAUGACCGACACAGAGGCCGAGAGCGACCUGGUGUGUGCCAAUCUUGACCAGAUCGACGAGCUGAUGGCAGCGCUGCAGAAGAGUGACGGCCGCGCCUCGUUGUCAUAUUUCUGCGGCCUGGAGCAGUUCCGCGACCUGCUACGCUGGGAAAAGGAGCCUGUGCGAAUAUUCCGUGCUGCGCGGCUGUUUACGGGCGAAGUCCGGCUGGGGUGCGACGUGUCCAGUCUGGACCUGAAGAACUGCGCGUCGGCGCUCCGACUGGACAAGAAAGAGCUGAAACUGUAUGCUGGCGACUACGACCUGGCCACCGACACUCUGAGCCUCAAGUUCCAGGCGGACGCGUAUCCGCUAACGAAGAGCCAAAAAAUGCAGUUCACUCACGAAAUGGGCGUCCAGCGGGACCCCAACUCGGACGCUCGUCAUCUGGUCGAGCUCAAACAUACCACGGACAAGUAUGUUUCUUCCGAGCCGGACAGCCAGCAGGCGGAGCCGCGGUUUCUGGACGCGACAGAGGUUCAGGAGGCGUACCGCUACGGCUCGUCGACAGUGCCGGUCACGUCAUCGCUCAAGCAGCUGCUGAGCGUCAACACGUACGCCGGCCUCGAUAUUUUACAGUUCGUGCGUCGCAAAAGUAUUCCGCCAUGGUAUUUCCACGGAGAGGCUGAGAUUCUGCUAAAUAACCAGAACAGCUCGGUGCGCGACCAGUUCGGGUUCAACAUGCUUGCGCAGGCGCUGCUGGAGCACGAUCUGGUGGCGAUAGUGCGCUACGUCAAGCGGAACACGAGUGCCGUGCGAUUGGCGGCCAUGAGCCCGUGCGUCGUGCUGACGGACGCUACAAAGUACAAGCACGAGCUGCAGACGGGCGACAAGCGCAAGCUGGAGGAGAUGGACGGCGAGCCCGACCACUACGGCUUUUCUCUCGUGGCGCUUCCGUUUGCCGAGGACGAGCGGCUGUCGACGUUUGCAAAGCUGAGCGGCGUGGCUGACAGCAAAGAGGAAGACAAUGUGAGCAGCCAGAACUUUCCGAGUGAGCAGAUGUUGCAGGAGAUGGGGCGGCUCGUGGAUCUGAUGGAUUUGGACGCGCCGGACGGCCCGAAAAACCCAGAAGAUCAUCGGUUUGUGGAGCUGAACGACCCAGAAUCGUUUCCUAUCCCGACAGAGGAGAUGCGGGGCGACCACCCGUCGAUGUUCCGUGUGAGCGAGGCCACGCGUCUGCUGCUGGGACACAACUCGCCAAAACUGCACUAUGUCUCGCACCUGAUGCGAGAGGUGUAUUUGCGGCAGCUAAAAGCGGCACAAAAAAUUGGCGAUAGGUACGAGACGCUUUUCGAGACGGUCGAGAAGAUGCCUGAGGAGUACGGCCGGUUUGUGGAGGAACUGUUUGGCAGCAAGUGCGAGUUCCGGUCGCCGGUGGAAGUGCGAGAGCAGACGGCGGAAAUCGACGCAGUUUGCGGCCGUCUGGCGCAGUUGCUUGAUAUCAAGCCCGUUCCGGAGCCGUCGGCGACCUCUAAACCGGCCAACGACCAGCGGACGCAGCCCCAGAUGUCGAUCGAUGCGCUGCUCAACAGCGUGCUACCAGGCUGA